GCGUCGUCGUCGUCGUCUGUGAGGGCUGAGGUGAGGUGAGGGGGAGCCGGGCCGCCGCGAGCCGGACGACCUUAGCGGCUCACACCAGGAUUUAGUGCUGCUGCUCAGAAGGCUCGGGGAGGAAGACUGGGGACGAAUCUCUUCCUCUGGAGGAGGAGGGCACCCCCCGAGCUUGGACUUGUUGGCAGGUGGGCGCCGCGGAAGGGGCCUGCCUUUUUUUGAGCGCCCGCCGUCUCUCCGGCCAGUGACUGCUGCUGCCUCGGGACCAAGGGGGAUUUGAAGUGAGCUAGCCAUGGCUACCGAAGAGAAGCAGGUCCCUCCACCACCACCAACGGGUGACGGUGACGGGGGAGGCGGCGGGCAAGGAGAUGGAGCGGCCGGCGAAGCCGGGCCGUUGCCCCUGAACCCGGGAGUCCCCAUCCGGGGCAUCAGGAUGAAGUUUGCUGUCCUGGCAGGGCUGGUGGAAGUCGGAGAGGUCACCAACCGGGAUAUUGUAGAGACCGUCUUCAACCUGCUGGUUGGUGGGCAGUUUGAUCUGGAAAUGAACUUCAUCAUACAAGAAGGUGAGAGUAUUACCUGCAUGGUGGAUCUGUUGGACAAAUGUGACAUCACUUGCCAAGCGGAGGUCUGGAGCAUGUUUGCCGCCAUCCUGAAGAAGAGCAUAAGAAAUCUCCAAGUCUGCACCGAAGUGGGUCUUGUGGAACAAGUCCUCCGGAGAAUUGAAAAAGCUGAUAACAUGAUUGCAGAUCUCUUAGUUGACAUGCUGGGAGUCCUGGCUAGCUAUAAUUUGACUGUUCGAGAAUUAAAGCUAUUUUUCAGCAAACUUCAAGGGGAAAGAGGACAAUGGCCUCCACAUGCUGGCAAAUUGCUGUCUGUCUUGAAACACAUGCCCCAGAAAUAUGGUCCUGAUGCCUUCUUCAACUUUCCAGGGAAGAGUGCUGCAGCUAUUGCAUUACCUCCUAUAGCCAAAUGGCCAUACCAGAAUGGAUUUACAUUUCACACCUGGCUAAGAAUGGAUCCCAUAAAUAACAUCAAUGUGGAUAAAGACAAACCAUACUUAUAUUGUUUCAGAACAAACAAAGGACUGGGCUAUUCCGCUCAUUUCGUUGGUGGCUGUUUGAUUGUAACAUCAAUAAAGUCAAAAGGAAAAGGAUUCCAGCAUUGUGUAAAAUUUGAUUUCAAGCCACAGAAGUGGUACAUGGUUACAAUAGUGCACAUUUAUAACCGUUGGAAAAACAGUGAGCUCCGGUGUUAUGUGAACGGAGAACUGGCAUCCUAUGGAGAGAUAACGUGGUUUGUCAAUACUAGUGACACUUUUGACAAGUGUUUCCUGGGCUCAUCAGAAACAGCAGAUUCCAAUAGAGUGUUCUGUGGACAGAUGACUGCCGUCUACCUUUUUAGUGAAGCACUCAAUGCUGCUCAGAUAUUUGCCAUCUAUCAGCUGGGACUGGGCUAUAAGGGUACAUUUAAGUUCAAGGCAGAAAGUGAUCUCUUUCUUGCUGAACAUCACAAGCUUUUGUUGUAUGAUGGCAAACUCUCCAAUGCCAUUGCAUUCACAUACAAUCCACGGGCUACAGAUGCACAGCUCUGCCUCGAAUCAUCUCCCAAGGAUAACCCUUCUAUUUUUGUUCAUUCACCCCAUGCUCUCAUGCUCCAGGAUGUGAAGGCAAUUUUAACCCAUUCCAUUCAAAGUGCUAUGCAUUCGAUCGGAGGGGUGCAGGUGCUUUUUCCCCUUUUUGCACAGCUGGAUUUCAGGCAAUAUUCAUCUGACCAAAUUGAUACAACGGUGUGUUCUACCCUAUUGGCUUUUAUUAUGGAGUUGUUGAAGAACUCCAUUGCUAUGCAAGAACAGAUGCUUUCCUGUAAGGGCUUCCUUGUGAUUGGGUAUAGUCUGGAAAAGUCUUCCAAAUCCCAUGUCACCAGAGCAGUACUUGAACUUUGCCUUGCAUUUUCAAAGUACCUGAGCAACCUGCAUAACGGAGUGCCCUUACUCAAGCAACUCUGUGAUCACAUUCUCCUCAACCCUGCAAUAUGGAUUCACACCCCAGCAAAGGUCCAGAUGACCCUCUACACAUACCUGUCCACGGAGUUUGUUGGUACAGCCAACAUAUAUAAUGCAAUUCGGCGGGUUGGGACUGUGCUUCUGGUAAUGCAUACCCUAAAGUACUACUACUGGACAGUGAAUCCCCAGGAUCGCAGUGGAAUCAUUCCGAAAGGCUUGGAUGGGCCACGACCUGAUCAGAAGGAAACAUUUUCCCUCCGAGCAUUCUUAUUGAUUUUCAUUAAACAGUUAGUGAUGAAGGAUUCUGGUGUAAAAGAAGAUGAACUACAGGCUAUUCUCAAUUACCUACUCACUAUUCAUGAGGAUGACAAUCUAAUAGAUGUCCUCCAGCUUCUUGUUGCACUAAUGGCUGAACAUCCCAGUUCUAUGAUCCCUGCUUUUGACCAGAGGAAUGGGUUAAGAGUUAUCUACAAACUCCUGGCAUCGAAAAGUGAAGGGAUUAGAGUGCAAGCCCUCAAAGCACUGGGAUAUUUUUUAAAACAUCUGGCACCAAAGAGAAAAGCUGAAGUGAUGCUUGGGCAUGGUUUGUUCUCACUGCUAGCUGAAAGGCUGAUGCUUCAAACAAGUUUAAUCAGCAUGACCACAUAUAAUGUCCUCUUUGAGAUUCUAAUUGAACAGAUUUGCACUCAGGUGAUACAUAAGCAGCACCCCGAUCCAGAGUCAUCAGUGAAGAUCCAGAAUCCUCAGGUUCUAAAAGUCGUUGCGACCCUGCUUCGGAAUUCUCCCCAGUGCCCAGAGAGCAUGGAGGUUCGAAGGACCUUUCUUUCGGACAUGAUUAAACUUUUUAAUAACAGCAGAGAAAACAGGAGGAGCUUGCUGCAGUGCUCUGUGUGGCAGGAGUGGAUGCUCUCUCUCUGCUAUUUUAACCCCAAGAAUUCAGAGGAACAGAAGAUAACAGAAAUGGUGUAUGCCAUUUUCCGCAUUCUCCUUUACCAUGCGGUCAAAUAUGAAUGGGGCGGCUGGCGCGUGUGGGUGGAUACUCUGUCAAUCACACAUUCAAAGGUCUCCUUUGAAAUACACAAAGAAAACUUGACCAACAGCCUUAGGGACUUCCAGGGAAGAGCUGGUAAAGAAAUAGGCCUGGGUCCCUCAAGCCCAGCGCUGUCCGUCUCCAGCAAUAGCCGAGCAGUUGAAGCCGCAGAAGGGUCCCAGAAAUUAGAAGUGAAAGACUCUAUUGCUGCCACCUUCAUUGCUGGAGAUGGUGACAGAGAGCUUCAGAAGACCGAGUUGACAGAAUCCUCAUCCCACGUUGAACUACAGAGUGAUCCCUCAUCUGAUGAAGAGAGGAAACUGGAAUCAGAAAGAAGUCAGCUGGCAGAGAAAGUCUGUUCAGAUGCAAUGCCGAUAAACGAAGCUGUGAAAGGAGUCGUUUCUGAAGUAGCUCCUGAUGCUUCUCUUGAUUGUGCCGAGACAUUAGGGCGGGAAGCGGUUGCUAACGAAGCGACCGGAGUCCCCCAUGUUGCUUCAGAAGAAGAUGUUUCAGAGGCGUCUGAAAUAUUAGCUCAGCCCGUGUUAGAGGAGGACACUGUUGCGGAGCUCCGCGAGGAAGGUGGCCAGGCCACGGAGCACCCGGAGGAGGACAGCUCAUCUUUUCCUGAGAAAGAUCUCGAUUCCAAAGCCAGUGAUGAACCCUGCUCCUCCAGGACCCAUAGCGAGUUAAUACCGCCGACAGAUGAGCCUGUUCCGACAGAUGAGCCCGUUCCUGACAAGCAGUCAGAUUUGGAAUCCAAAGAUUCUGAAACCUUAGAUAGAGGAUUUGGGUCCGCGGCCUCACUAGAGGCCAGUGCUCCCCAGGGGAAAGAAGUGAUCACCCACACCGAACUGAAUCAAACGUUGGAGGAAGGGGAGAGAAAAGCAUCUUGCAGUGCCGGUGAGACAAAAGCAACUGUUGAUAAUGGACACGUAAACAAUUUUGAAAGUUUUGAAACUUCUGAGAGAAAGAUCGCCAAGUUGGAUGUUUCGAAUGUGGCUUCAGAUACAGAGAGACUGGAACUGAAGGCUAACGUGACCGUGGAAGGUGCUCAGCCUCAAAAGCCCUUACCUGAGGCAUCAAGACAGCAAGAACAAUCAGGUCAUGAGGUAUCAGCAGCAUCUAAUGGACAAAGUAGAGAUUCUCGGUCUACUAUGUUUCGGAUUCCCGAGUUCAAAUGGUCACAAAUGCAUCAGCGUUUGCUCACCGACCUGUUGUUUUCAAUCGAAACAGAUGUACAGAUGUGGAGAAGCCAUUCUACAAAGACGGUUAUGGACUUUGUAAACAGCAGUGAUAAUGUCGUCUUCGUACACAACACAAUUCAUCUCAUCUCUCAAGUGAUGGACAAUAUGAUCAUGGCUUGUGGCGGUAUACUGCCAUUGCUCUCAGCUGCUACCUCUGCUACACACGAAUUGGAGAAUAUCGAACCAACUCAAGGUCUUUCGAUAGACGCUUCCUUGACAUUUCUCCAGAGGUUAAUCAGUCUUGUGGAUGUGUUGAUUUUUGCAAGUUCUCUAGGCUUCACUGAAAUUGAAGCUGAGAAAAAUAUGUCCUCCGGAGGAAUUUUGAGGCAGUGCCUCCGACUUGUUUGUGCAGUGGCAGUACGGAAUUGUUUAGAAUGUCAGCAACAUUCACAAGUGAAGCCUAGGGGAGAGACACUGAAAGGCCAUAAAACAAUGCCGAGUCUGAUAGCCAUGGGGAAAUCUGCAGCAAAGAGUCCUUUGGAUGUUGUGACUGGGGGUAUAUCUCCAGUACGCGACCUUGACAGACUUUUACAAGACAUGGAUAUUAACCGGCUUAGAGCAGUAGUCUUCAGAGACAUAGAGGAUAGUAAGCAGGCUCAAUUUUUGGCAUUGGCCGUAGUGUACUUUAUCUCUGUCCUCAUGGUGUCAAAAUACAGAGACAUUUUGGAACCUCAAAAUGAGAGGCGCCAACCUCAACAUGACCAGUUGUUCAAGGAAACUGAUAUUGGAAGUGGGGAUUUAGCACCUACUGAUGUGGAAAACACAUCAGCAGCUAUUGGUCCUUUGACACCCCCAUCAGUGGAAAAUUCUGAAAUAGCACCAUCUGUUCGAAGGGACUCGGGCAUUGGGGAGGAAGGUGCUUCAGGCUUAGGAAGCGCAGUAGAUGUGAUUACUGAAGACGGACUUCCGAUUGUCAGCGCUGGUCCAGACGCAAUAAGUGAAGUACUGUGCACUCUCUCUUUAGAGGUCAACAAAUCUCACGAAAGUCAAAAUGAUGGAGGGGCUGACUUGGAAGCCAAGCCUCCCUCAUCAGCGCCGGCUGCCAAAAACGUCAAUGUUAAGGACAUACUCCGAAGUUUGGUCAGUGCCCCUGCAGAUGGGGCCACGGUGGAUCCUGCCCUUUUGUCCCCAGCCUGCCUUGGCGUUCUCGGUGAUCUGUCUGCUGAGCAACCUGUGCAGUUUCGAUCCUUUGACAGAAGCGUCAUCGUGGCAACAAAAAAGUCAUCUGUUUCACCUUCCACAGCCAACACAAGCAUACCUACGAAUUCAGUCAGUGUGGUUUCUUCAGUGGAUUCGGCUCAGGCCCCAGACCUGGGAAAAGAAUCUCCUGGAACUGGAUCAUCUCAUGCAAAAUUGCCUUCCGUCCCUACUGUUUCUUCAGUUCCUGAAGACUCCGCUUCAAAUAUGAGUAUUACAGAGAGACUUGAACAUGCUCUGGAAAAAGCCGCACCUCUUCUGCGAGAGAUUUUUGUGGAUUUUGCCCCUUUUCUUUCUCGUACUCUCUUGGGUAGCCAUGGCCAAGAGCUGCUCAUAGAAGGAACAAGUUUGGUCUGCAUGAAGUCUAGUAGCUCAGUCGUGGAAUUGGUCAUGUUGCUCUGCUCUCAGGAGUGGCAGAACUCUAUACAGAAGAAUGCGGGACUUGCCUUUAUCGAACUUGUCAAUGAAGGAAGGUUGCUGAGCCAAACCAUGAAGGAUCAUCUAGUAAGAGUGGCAAAUGAAGCUGAAUUUAUUCUGAGUAGACAGAGAGCAGAAGAUAUUCACAGGCACGCAGAAUUUGAGUCACUGAGUGCCCAGUAUUCAGCAGACAAGCGAGAGGAUGAGAAGAUGUGUGAUCACUUGAUAAGAGCAGCUAAGUACCGAGACCAUGUGACAGCAACCCAGCUAAUCCAGAAAAUUAUCAACAUUUUGACAGACAAGCAUGGAGCUUGGGGAAAUUCUGCACCAAGUCGUCCUCGUGAGUUCUGGCGCCUUGACUACUGGGAAGAUGACUUGCGGCGCCGACGACGAUUUGUGCGUAACCCUCUUGGAUCGACACAUCCUGAAGCGACACUGAAAACAGCCAUGGAGCAUGCUUCAGAUGAAGAUAUCCUUGCUAAAGGAAAGCAGUCCAUCAGGAGUCAGGCCUUAGGAAAUCAGAACUCAGAAAGUGAAAUUCUCGUGGAAGGCGACGAUGAUACCCUGUCAUCCGUUGAAGAGAAAGACUUGGAGAAUCUAACCGGGCCGGUCAGCCUGAGUACCCCAGCUCAGCUGGUGGCUCCCUCCGUGGUAGUGAAGGGCACUCUUUCCAUCACCUCCUCCGAACUCUACUUUGAGGUGGACGAAGAAGAGCCCAACUUGAAGAAUAUCGACUCCAAGAUUUUGGCAUACACUGAAGGGCUGCAUGGAAAGUGGCUGUUUACCGAAAUCCGAUCAAUCUUUUCUCGGCGCUAUCUUCUGCAGAAUACAGCACUGGAAAUCUUUAUGGCAAACAGAGUUGCUGUAAUGUUCAACUUCCCAGAUCCUGCAACAGUAAAAAAAGUGGUUAACUGUCUACCUCGUGUUGGGAUUGGAACUACCUUUGGGCUGCCUCAAACCAGACGCAUCUCUCUUGCAAAUCCCCGUCAGAUUUUUAAAGCAUCGAAUAUGACUCAACGAUGGCAACACAGAGAGAUUUCAAAUUUUGAGUAUUUGAUGUUUCUAAAUACUGUGGCAGGACGCACUUACAAUGACUUAAAUCAGUAUCCUGUAUUCCCCUGGGUUAUCACUAACUAUGAAUCAGAAGAGCUGGACCUUACCCUGCCAAGCAACUUCAGAGAUUUGUCGAAGCCCAUUGGAGCUCUGAAUCCAAAACGAGCGGCCUUCUUCGCAGAGCGUUAUGAAUCCUGGGAAGAUGAUCAAGUCCCCAAAUUUCACUAUGGCACGCAUUACUCAACAUCAAGUUUUGUGCUUGCAUGGUUGUUAAGAUUGGAGCCCUUCACAACGUUUUUCCUAAAUCUACAAGGUGGGAAAUUUGAUCAUGCCGACAGAACUUUUUCAUCUGUUUCAAGAGCGUGGCGUAACAGUCAGCGUGACACUUCUGAUAUCAAGGAGCUGAUCCCUGAAUUUUAUUAUCUCCCCGAGAUGUUUGUCAACUUCAAUAAUUAUAAUCUUGGAGUGAUGGAUGAUGGGACAGUGGUGUCUGAUGUCGAACUUCCACCAUGGGCCAAAACCUCAGAAGAAUUUGUUCGCAUAAACAGGCUGGCCUUGGAAAGUGAAUUUGUUUCCUGCCAGCUUCACCAGUGGAUUGAUCUCAUUUUUGGCUACAAGCAGCAAGGGCCAGAGGCUGUCCGGGCCCUGAAUGUUUUCUACUACUUGACCUAUGAAGGAGCUGUCAAUCUGAGUUCAAUAACGGAUCCCAUUUUGAGAGAGGCUGUGGAAGCUCAAAUCCGAAGUUUUGGACAGACGCCUUCCCAACUACUCAUAGAGCCACAUCCUCCAAGAAGUUCUGCCAUGCAGGUGUAUCUCCUCCUGCAGAGUCCAUUGAUGUUCACAGACCAAGCUCAGCAGGACGUUAUCAUGGUCCUCAAGUUCCCAUCCAACUCGCCUGUCACUCAUGUAGCAGCCAACACCCAGCCCGGUCUGGCAACUCCUGCCGUGAUCACAGUCACUGCUAACAGGCUAUUUGCCGUGAACAAGUGGCAUAACCUUCCCGCUCAUCAAGGUGCUGUACAGGACCAGCCAUACCAGCUGCCAGUGGAAAUCGAUCCUCUCAUAGCCAACAAUACAGGUAUGCACAGGAGGCAAAUUACCGACCUCUUGGACCAAAGUAUUCAGGUCCAUUCCCAGUGCUUCGUCAUCACGUCUGACAAUCGGUUCAUUCUCGUCUGUGGCUUCUGGGACAAGAGUUUUCGGGUCUAUUCUACAGACACAGGAAAACUGAUGCAGGUUGUGUUUGGACACUGGGAUGUCGUCACUUGCCUUGCCCGAUCCGAGUCAUACAUCGGGGGGAAUUGUUACAUACUCUCAGGCUCACGUGAUGCAACACUUCUGCUCUGGUAUUGGAAUGGGAAAACCAAUGGAAUCGGAGAUAACCCAGGAAGUGAAGUUGCUACUCCUCGAGCUAUUUUGACUGGCCAUGACUACGAGAUCACUUGUGCUACAGUUUGUGCUGAACUCGGCCUGGUAUUAAGUGGUUCGAAAGAAGGACCAUGCCUCAUACAUUCUAUGAAUGGAGACCUACUGAGGACUUUGGAGGGUCCGGAGAACUUCUUAAGACCAAAACUCAUCCAGGCUUCCAGAGAGGGUCAUUGUGUCAUAUACUAUGAAAGUGGCCUUUUCUGUAUAUUCAGCGUGAAUGGGAAACUUCAGGCUGCUAUGGAAACAGAUGACAAAAUAAGGGCGAUUCAGUUGAGCCGUGAUGGCCAGUACCUGCUGACCGGAGGAGACAACGGUGUCAUCAUGGUCUGGCAGGUGUGUGACCUCAAGCAGCUUUUCGCCUACCCAGGCUGUGAUGCCGGAAUCCGAUCCAUGGCCCUGUCAUAUGACCAGAGGUGUAUAAUGACGGGCAUGGCAUCUGGGAGUAUAGUGCUUUUCUACAAUGACUUCAACCGGUGGCAUCACGAAUACCAAACCAGAUACUGAUUGUGGAUGGACUCAAAUCCAGCUAGCACUGGAACCAAGAUUGCGGACAUAGCAAGCAGUGUCCCGCCACAAGAUCGUUCCCUUAUAAAUAGCUAUAAUUACAUCUGAAUGUAACUUAAAUUUGCUCAAGGAAGCAAAAUAUUUUUUAAAGUUAAUUGCUAUUUUUGUAGACCUUGCUUGACUUUUGGGGGGGGGGUUGGGGGGAAUGGGCAAAGAGCAGAAAUCUGGCUGCUGGGUUCUGUAGUUAAAGAUCUAUAUUUUUAGUCAUAAUGAGAAAUCUAUUUUCAUCCAUUAGGGAAAGAAACCUUCAAUGAAGUGGGUUAGGCCACUUUCUUAUUCUAGUUAGAUUACAAAGAAACACAUUUCUCAUUCAAAGUUUUAUCUAUAUACCCUUGAGAGAUAAGUGAUUUAAACUGAAUGGAUGUGGGUUAGAAUACGAGGGAGGGGAAAUUUUAAUCUGUGCUACCCGUACUCUUUGUGUCUUGUAUUUUUUUCCAAAUGAUUGUACUAUUUCAGCACUGAAGUUUCUGGGAUUUAAUGGUAAUAUUUAAAUUAUGGUAACUGUAAUUUAAAACCUGAUGGUGCGUUGUUUCCAUUGAUAUUACUAUUCAAGCAUGUUUCUAGACAUUUAGGAUUUGGGUUUUUUUUUUUCAUUUGUAUAUUUUGUUAAAUGGUUAAGAGCGUUAAAUCAACAAAAACAGGGUCUAUGGUAUAGCAAGUGUGAAAUUCUUCUAGAGUUUUUAAUCUGCUGUUUUCAGAGCACACCAAAAUGGGGACUGUUCUUCAAAACAAAAGGGGAGUUGGAAAGAGGGAAGCAUCCUUAGGCCAGCAUUCUCCUUUUGGAUGAAAUCCAAGUACCAAAGCACACACACUUCUGCUGUUUUGACUGUGAACGGCCUGAGGCAGCACGAUGCCCUGCCCUCUCAACCUCUGCAGAAGUUCUAGAUUUGCAGGCUGCUCCUUUUCUACCAUUCCCCAACCUUCAGAAUCGACCACCCCGGUGUCCUCUAGCAUGAGAUUUGAAACAUGCUGCUGCGAGCAGCUCUGCUCUUCCACCAAAUUCCAUCUCAUCCGAUUUAUUAAUGACCUCUUCGCACUCUUGGGGAAUGAACAGUCGUUUAUAUUGAGGAACAGUGCAUUCUUUUGGUGUGGCCUAAUUCUCCUUUUCUAUGAGAUUGCUGUGCAGAAUUCUGUGAAAAACAUUUGUGAAAGGGACUUGUAACGUUUUGUACGUCCGUAUUGCAUAAAUAACUCCUUCGUACGACGUGAUCUAUAGGAGUUAAAACUGACAUUCCUUAGCUAUUUCUGUAGUUGCCUACUGAAGCAGGCCCCAUUUUUCUAAGCAUUCAACUCUUGUCUCUGAAGCAGAGGUUUGGAUUAGGGGAAUCUCAAUUUGAGUAAAAAUUAAAUAAAAAUGUUAUUUGUAAUGGA